GAUGAUUUCAUGUAAUCUAAUUUAAGGUAGAUAGGUAGGGCUACGCUGGUCCAAGUGGAAUAGCUGAUUUUUGAGCGGGACGUGUGCAAAGGGCUGGGCUACUUGCCUACUUCAUCCAGGAACACGUCACCAAUGCACCCCGAUCGAUACAAGUGGCCGUGUUUGUUUUUAUCUGGAUUGCGUAGGCAGUAGGCUAUUGUACAACGUUUUAUUUGCAGGAGAUUCCGCCCAUCAGCCAGCCCAUGUAAAACUCGGUCAAAUUCAGUCCUUGACCGCAGCCGGCUCAUGUCAAAACCAAUAGGCACCUGCUCUUCCAGUAAUCCAGUAUACGUAUUUUUUUGACGAUUUCUCUCUCCCAUGUCCACUUCCAAUAUAUAGUUGGAUCCGUUUAAUUCUUUCUUUUCAAUCUCACAAAUACAUAAUGGAUCCUCAAUUUGCUUCUUCUCCUUCAUCUUCCAACUCUACUGAUGUACAACCAAAUCCACCACCUCCAACAACAAUGUACCUCCAUUCCAUCCGCAAGACACCUGCCAAGCCAUGGAAGAAGCAGGGGCCCUCACCACCUCCUAGAGUUUACCGAGUGAAUUCCAGAAACUUCCGGCAGGUAGUCCAGCACCUCACUGGGUCUCCUGAUCAUGUCAUCCGCUCCCGCCAUCUCCAAAGCGUGGCACCUCCUCCACUUAACGUCGUUGCGCCACCACUGUACAGGUCGUCCUACAGUAGUACUGAUGUAUCUGAACAACCGCAGCUUUGCUCCCCAGACUUAUCACUAUCUGUUGUGCAUAAAUGUAUUAGUUAUAAUGAAUUGCUACAAACAGAGGCGCAUCCAGAUAGCCAGCCACAGCCAGAGAAGAAAAGUGACCAUGGGUCGUCGUUCAGCUUCUGUACCUCGCCGUCAUCGCUUACAUGGAGCUCUCUGUUUUGAGCCCAGGAACAGAUCUGGAGUCCUUAGAUCAAAGCGAUCUUCUUCACUAGGACUACUCCGAAACUCCUGGCAGCUCUCUUUUCUUUCCCUAUCUAUAUAUCUACUUAUCUAUUUAUCUGUCUUUUUCUUCUUCUUC